GGACUUCCAUGAUGUGGUUCUAUGCUCUGGUCCUAGUUUCUCUCUCUGCUUGCACAGCAUGGGCAACCCAGCAAUCCUCGCCCCCAGUGGUAGACACCGCGCAUGGCAAAGUUCUGGGGAAAUAUAUCAGCCUGGAAGGAUUUGCACAGCCUGUGGCCGUUUUCCUGGGAGUCCCUUUUGCCAAGCCCCCUCUUGGAUCCCUGAGGUUUGCUCCUCCACAGCCAGCAGAGCCAUGGGACAAUGUGAAGAACACCACCUCUUACCCUCCCAUGUGCUCCCAACUCACAGGAACAGGUCCAGUGCUCUCCGAGAUAUUUUCCAACAGACUGGAAAACUUUCCUCUUGAGUACUCAGAAGACUGUCUUUACUUGAAUAUUUACUCUCCUGCUAACCUGACAAGCAAAAGCCGACUGACAGUGAUGGUGUGGAUCCAUGGAGGUGGUUUAUUAUCUGGUGGGGCAUCAACAUUUGAUGGAGUGCCACUCUCUAUCCAUGAGAACGUGGUGGUGGUGACCAUUCAGUACCGCCUGGGAAUCUGGGGAUUCUUCAGCACUGGGGACAAACACAGCAGGGGAAACUGGGGACACUUGGACCAGGUAGCUGCUCUGCACUGGGUCCAGGACAACAUUGCCAACUUUGGAGGGAACCCAGACUCUGUGACCAUCUUUGGAGAGUCAUCAGGAAGUGAAAGUGUCUCUGUUCUUGUACUAUCACCCUUGACCAAGAACCUCUUCCACCGGGCAAUUUCUGAAAGUGGUGUGGCCCUCACUCCAUGUCUGUUCAGGAAGAGUACCCGGGCUGGGGCUGAGCAAGUUGCUAUUAUUGCUGGAUGUGAAACCACCUCUUCAGCUGUCAUGGUUCACUGUUUGCGCCAGAAGACAGAGGAAGAGCUCUUGCAGACUACACUGAAAAUGAAAUUUUUUACUCUCAAUUUACACGGAGACCCCAGAGAGAGCUAUCCCUUCCUGACCACUGUGAUUGAUGGAGUGGUGCUUCCAAAGGCACCAGAAGAGAUUCUGGCUGGAAAGAACUUCAGCACUGUCCCCUACAUCGUGGGAAUCAACAAGCAGGAGUUUGGCUGGUAUAUUCCAACGAUGAUGGGCUUUCCACUCUCUGAAGGCAAGCUGGACCAAAAGACAGCCACAUCACUCUUGUGGAAGUCCUACCCUCUUACAAACAUCUCUGAGAAACUGGCUCCAGUGGCCACUGAGGAGUAUUUAGGAGGCACAGAUGACCUUGUCAAAAAAAAAGACCUGUUUCUCGCCUUGAUGGGAGAUGUGAUGUUUGCUGUUCCAUCUGUUAUUGUGGCCCGUGGCCACAGAGAUGCUGGAGCCCCUACCUACAUGUAUGAGUUCCAUUAUCGCCCAAGCUUUUCAUCAGACCUGAAACCCAAGACUGUGAUAGCAGACCAUGGGGAUGAGGUCUACUCCGUCUUGGGGAUCCCAUUUUUAAAAGGUAAUGACCCCUUUGCUGAAGAGGAGAUCAACCUCAGCAAGAUGGUGAUGAAGUUCUGGGCCAACUUUGCUCGCAAUGGGAACCCCAAUGGAGAGGGGCUGCCCCACUGGCCAAAGUAUGAUCAAAAGGAAGGAUACUUACAAAUUGGUGCCAGUACCCAGGCUUCCCAGAGGCUAAAAGAGAAGGAAACAACUUUCUGGACUGAACUCAGGGCCAAGGAGGCAGUGGAGAAGCCACCCCAGAGAGAACACAUUGAGAAGUGAGCAAGAAGAUCAGCCAGCCUCAUUAUCCCGGAGCAGCUAACAGAGGGGUAUUCUACAGAAGGUGUUUAUAGGCAGAAGGCGUAUCUUGUAGAGGCUGAAAUUGAUUGUUGGGGAUAGCAGCAG